AUGCCUUCGUUCAUCCUCGCUCUUGUGCUGCUUCUCUCCUUGUCCAGCUCGUGCACCGAGCAGGAGAAGAGCUACCUGCUCCAGUUCCUCGGCGGGCUCUCACGGGACGGUGGCCUCGCCGCGUCGUGGUGGAAUGGCACGGACUGCUGCACAUGGGACGGCAUCACCUGCAACGCAAACAGGGAGGUCACCGAGGUUUCUCUGGCAUCUAGAGGUCUGGAAGGGCAUAUCUCACCGUCCAUGGGAAGCCUCAAGGGCAUGUUGCGCCUCAACCUGUCGGGCAACUCUCUCAGCGGCGGCCUCCCGUUGGAAGUGAUGUCCUCCAGCAGCAUGGUUUCUCUCGAUGUCAGCUUCAAUCGCCUUAGCAGGGGCCUGCAAGAACUGCCAUCAUCGAUCCCUGGACGGCCUCUGCAGGUACUGAACAUCUCGAGCAAUUUCUUUACUGGAUCUUUUCCAUCCACCACAUGGGAGAAGACUAGAAACCUGAUUGCGCUGAAUGCGAGCAACAACAGUUUUACGGGAUGGAUGCCUUCAUCUUUCUGCAUCAGUGCGCCAUCCUUUGCAGUGCUUGACCUUAGCUACAACCGAUUCAGCGGCCAUAUCCCCCCAGGGCUAGGUAACUGCUCUGCACUUAGAGUGUUCAAGGCUGAACAAAACAACAUAACUGGGACUCUCCCGGAUAAACUCUUUGAUGCUACCUCAUUAGAAUACCUCUCCCUUUCUAACAAUUGGUUGGAAGGAACACUUGACGCUGCACAUAUACAUAAGCUCAGAAAUUUGAUUUUCCUUGAUUUAGCAAUGACUCGGCUCAGUGGCAAGAUCCCAGAUUCUAUAGGGCAGCUCAAGAGACUCGAGGAGCUUCACCUGGCGCACAAUAACAUGUCAGGAGAGCUACCAACGGCUCUGAGCAAGUGCACAAGUCUCACAACCAUCAGCCUCAGGAGAAACAACUUCCAGGGAGAGCUUGUCAAGGUCAACUUCUCUGCCCUAUCCAAUCUAAAAACUUUAGAUCUUUACUCAAACAACUUCACCGGCACAAUUCCAGAAAGCAUCUACUCAUGCAGUAAUUUGACUGCGCUGCGGUUAUCUGUAAACAAGUUCCAUGGUCAGUUGUCAAAGAGAAUAGGGAAUCUGAAGUCCCUCACCUUCCUAUCACUUACCCGCAACAAUUUUACAAAUAUAACGAAUACUCUUCACAUCCUAAAGAGCUCCAGGAACCUCAGGGCCCUGCUAAUUGGAGUGAAUUUCAGGCAUGAGGUCAUGCCACAAGAUGAAACCAUGGAUGGUUUUGAGAAUCUUAAAGUCCUGGGCAUACAUAACUGCUCAUUGUCUGGAAAGCUACCGGUUUGGUUAUCAAAGCUCAUGAAUUUGCAGGUGUUGUUGUUAUCGAACAAUGAACUGAAUGGCCCAAUACCAUCUUGGAUCAACACCCUACACUCCCUGUUUUAUAUAGACAUAUCAAACAAUAGCCUUACAGGGGAAAUCCCAACAUCAUUAAUCGAGGCGAUGCUGCAAGCGGAGAAGACUACAGCUUAUUUGGAUACAAAUUACUUUGAGCUACCUGUUUAUCUGUCAUCAGCAUAUCAAUACCGCUCGCUCAAUGCUCUCCCCCAAUUUUUAAAUCUUAGCAGUAAUGACCUCACUGGUGUAAUCCCCCUGAAUAUUGGUCAGUUGGGAGCACUUGCUUCGCUUGAUUUGAGCUUCAAUAACUUAUCCGGGGGAAUCCCACAGUCAAUCUGCAACCUCAAAAAACUCAUGGUCCUCGACUUGUCUAACAAUCAUCUCACAGGUCCAAUACCUCAUGCAUUGGAUGGCUUAUAUUUCCUAUCUGAGUUCAAUGUUUCUAACAAUGACCUAGAAGGACCAAUUCCAAGUGGAGGCCAGUUUGACACAUUUUCAGAGUCUAGUUUCGACGGGAACCCAAAGCUAUGUGGACCUAUCCUUACUCGUCCUUGUGGUUCAACAGAAGCGCGUCCAGCCUCAAUUGUUUCGACAAGAAAAGCUAUCGACAAGACCGUCUUUGUGAUUGCCUUUAGUGCUUUCUUUGGUGUAGGGGUACUGUAUGAUCAGAUGGUCUUAUCAAGGUUUUUCAGUUAGUGUUACUCCAGUAUUCAUGGAUUUAUGAUGAUUUAUUGUCAAUUUUAUUUGCUGUUAAUGUUUGGCAAAAAUCUCCAGUGAACAAGCUUCGUCUAGCUGUGAACUAAA